UUUCGGGUUCAACCAGAGAGAACAAUGGAGUGUUGUCAAUAGAAGUGACAGCCACCCACAAUAAAAUACUCGCCACGGUCUGUUUUCGUUCCAUUCUGUUCCAGUAGAAAUUGUGUUUCCGCGUCAACAGUGUUUGAACGAAACGGAUUUCUAACCCAAACAACCGAAAUUGUUUAUUCAACUACGAUUUUACAUCAAGAAGAGCAUCAACAUGACUUCCCAGUGUCGCCAGAACUAUCACACCGAGUGCGAGGCCGCUGUAAAUAAGCAGAUCAACAUGGAGCUGUAUGCUUCGUAUGCGUAUCAAUCCAUGGCUUUCUACUUUGAUCGUGAUGAUGUAGCAUUACCAGGUUUUUACAAGUUCUUCAAGGACUCUUCUGAUGAGGAACGUGAGCAUGCAGAAAAGUUAAUGAAGUUCCAGAACAAACGUGGUGGACGUGUUGUCUUGCAGAAUAUCACAAAACCAGAACGUGACGAGUGGGGCACUGGACUGGAUGCUAUGCAGGCUGCAUUGGCUUUAGAGAAGAAUGUCAAUCAGGCUUUGUUAGAUUUACACACAGUUGCCGAGGGUCAUGGUGAUUCCCAGAUGAUGGACUUUAUUGAGGAAAGCUACUUGGAAGAACAGGUUGAAUCUAUAAAGAAGAUAUCCGAUUAUGUAACAAACCUGAAACGAGUUGGUCAAGGUUUAGGAGAGUACAUGUUUGAUAAAGAGCUCCGGUCUUAAAUAUCUUCACAGAACGUGGGAUCUGGGACAGUAUUAUCUCGUUUGCUCAAGGCCUUGAAACUCCAGUUGAAGUAAUCAGGAUCGUAGAUGAUUUUUUUUAUUGGCAAUUGUACCAUUUAUAUUGGUCUUGGAUGCAAAGAGGCAUAGUAUUUUCAAAGCUGGGUACAUCAGAUUUUUCUGUCUCCUAAGAUUGUAUGUAAAGGAAUAAGUGUAAAAUAAAGUGUAGUUCAAGAAACUGUA